AUGUAUGAAAAGUCCCGUCAAACAGCAGAUUCCAAAGCGUGUUGUGACUAUGCGAUGCACUUUAUCUUAUCCCAGUUCGACCCCAAAAUAUCCAAGGAAAUGGAACUACUAGUCAAAGAAAAGGGAGUGAAUUCUUUUAGGGUUUUUUUGUCAAAUACAAACGAUAUGUUAGUAGACGACGGUGAUUUCUUCGAAAUCGCUAAGCGGUGUAGAGAUCUUGGUGCUGUUCUCCAAGUUCAUGCAGAGAAUGGAAAAUUAGUUAGGAUACUAGAGUCGAAAAUAUACAAUGACGGUAUUACUGGCCCAGAGGGUUACUUGUAUUCACACCCAGAAAUGGCGGAGAUUGAAGCUACACAUCGAGCGCUUUCUUUAGCUGAUGCUGCUGGUUGUCCUCUAUAUAUUCUACAAGUCACUAGUCCGAAAGCAGCAGAUCAAAUAUCAGAAGCUCGUUGGAAUGGAAAUGUUGUUGUAGGUGAAACAUUAGCCGCUGCACUGGGUGCUGAUGGUACUCAUUAUAAGAAUAGUUGCUGGCGUCAUGCUGCGGGAUAUGUUCUGUCUCCUCCACUAAGAGUUAAUCCGAAUACUUCAGAUAAGUUGGUGCGUUACGUCUCCACUGGGGUUCUAGAAUGUACUGCUAGUGGCCAUUGUGCUUUUAAAACUGAACAGAAAGCUUUGGGAAAGGACGAUUUUCGAAAAAUCCCUCCUGGAGUCAAUGGAGUAGAAGAUCGAAUGUCAGUUGUUUGGGAGAAAGGAGUGAUGUCUGGUUUUAUAGACCCAUGCAAGUUUGUUGCUGUGACUAGUACGAAUGCCGCUAAAGUCUUUAAUCUCUAUCCACAAAAGGGAAGGAUCGAUGUUGGAAGUGAUGCUGAUUUGGUUAUCUGGGAUGGUGAUGCAACUCGCACAAUAACAGCAAAAAAUAACCACGAAAAUGUUGACUUCAACAUAUUUGAAGGUCUCCAGUGCCAUGGCGUACCUGUAGUCGUGGUCGCUGCUGGUCGGGUUGUUCUGGAGGACGGAGAACUUAGAGUAACUCAGGGUGCAGGUCGUUUUGUACCGGCUUUACCGUUUUCACCGUAUAUUUUUGAGCGAACAAAAAGACUGGUGCUGAUGCGUUCAGUCAAACCUAUAAUUCGUGAUUCGUAUACUGGUCCUGUGUCCACAGAAUUCACUAUUCCAAUGAAAGAUUCCAUCGUCAAUAAUGGUACAGAAAAAGUCUCAGUGGGGUCUGAUGCUGAUGGCUUGCGCCCUCGUUCACCUACACGUUCGGGUGGUCGGAAUAUGCAGGAAUCCAGUUUCUCUCUGAGUGGCGCUCAGUACGACGACAGUCGUCCGAUUCGCACGGGGAUUCGAACCAAACAACCUCCGGGUGGGGCGUCAAACGCCUUGUGGUAG